AGACAGAACGUGUGUUAAUAGACCUCCCUCAGCCUCCCCCCGCUCCUCCACACACUCCCUCGCUCCCAGAUAAGAGGACAGAACUCUUUCACUCCGGUCAUUUCACACACCGCUCUGGGAUAGGAAGGAAAGUUCUCCUCUUUUGUUUACUUUUCUCUUGUGUUAAGAGCCUACAGAUUGGGAGACUCAUUUAGACAGGCUGUCUCCGUUUCUCCUUGAAUGCUUUUAUUGCCUUCUUAUCUAUCUGUGAGAGUCUGUUGUAGUUCCUCAAGGGUCAGUGCCUGUGCCCAGUUCCUCGGGGAAACCUUGUGGAAACCAGGAACUUCUCCAGCAUCAAAGGUCCUGCAAGUCCAACUGAGACGAAAAGACGAAAAAACGAAAGCCUCUUCAUCUCCAUCCAACCAUGUUUUCCUUCAUCAAAAGAGUGUGAACUACCGAGUUGGCGCUUUCUCUUGACCACAGGUGGCUUUUCUUUUUGCUCUCGCUGCCAUGAGGCUUGCCAGAGGUGGUUGGCAUUUGGCUCUGCUGCUGACGUCGAUUGGCCUGGUGAGUUCUGGAAACAGGAACGGUCAGGGGAGACGUGGAGGAGGCGAGAGGAGGAGAAAGCUUCACCGCGUGCAGCACGGCCAGUGCAGCUACACGUUUAUCCUUCCAGAGAUGGACAGCUGUCAGGGCGGAGGGGACCAGACGAGCGGGACCAGCGUGGUUCAGCGGGACUCUCCGCCGGCGGACGGCGAAUGGUCCUCUCAGAAGCUGCAGCAUCUGGAGACGGCCAUGGAAAACAACACGCAGUGGUUGCAGAAGUUAGAAAACUACAUCCAGCAGAAGACGGGGAUGGUGCACAUUCAAGCUGAUGCUGUCCAUAACCAGACGGCCACGAUGCUGGAGAUCGGCACCAAUCUGCUCACCCAGACCGCUGAGCAAACCAGAAAACUCACUGUGGUGGAGGCCAAGGUUAUGAACCAGACUUCAAGAAUUGCAAUUCAGUUAUUAGAGAAUUCAUUGUCAACAAACAAACUGGAGAAGGAGCUCUUAACGCAGAUUUCAGAAAUCUCAAAACUUCGAGACAAGAACAGUCGUUUGGAGAGUAAGGUCUUAGUCCUGGAGUCGCAGCAGAGGACAGAGUUGGAGGACAUAAGGGAGGAGAAAGAGCGACUGCAGGACCUGGUGAAGAGACAGACAGCCGCCAUUACGGCUCUGGAGAGACAGCUGAGAGCGUCCAGUAGCAACAACUCAGCCCUGCAAAGACAGCAUCAGCAGCUCAUGAAGUCCGUACACACACUUAUUGGCAUGGUGUCUUCUGGGACAAGCUUCUCGCCAAACGAGCAGCGCUUCCGAGACUGUGCCGAGGCCUAUAAAUCCGGUCACAACGCCAGCGGAGUCUACCACAUUUACAUCGGAGACAUGACGGAGCCAACCAAGGUCUUUUGUGAUAUGGUGACAAGUGGAGGUGGCUGGACAGUAUUCCAACACAGAGCUAAUGGAAGUGUGAACUUCCAGAAAAGCUGGAAAGAGUACAAACUGGGAUUUGGUGAUCCCAACGGAGAGCACUGGUUGGGUAAUGAGGCUGUUCACCUGAUCACCAGCCAAGCCCGGUAUUCCCUCCGAGUGGAACUUAAGGACUGGGAGGAGAACGGUGCCUAUGCACUCUAUGACAAAUUUCAGCUAGCCGGUGAAAAACAGCAGUACAGACUCUUGCUAGGGGGCUACAGCGGAACAUCAGGACAGCAAAGUAGCUUAGCGUCAAACGGCACAGGCUUCAGCACUCGUGACGCUGACAAUGACAAGUGCGUUUGCAAGUGCGCCCUCAUGAUGACCGGAGGCUGGUGGUUUGAUGCUUGUGGUCUGUCCAACCUUAAUGGAAUCUACUACACCAUGGGCCACAACAUCCGCAAGCUCAAUGGCAUUAAGUGGCAUCACUUCCGAGGACCCAGCUAUUCACUCCAGUCUACUUCCAUGAUGAUCCGCCCAGCUGAUUUCUGACGUGAAUGAAGCUUUUCAUGUUGUCUGAAUGACAGGACUUCGAGCCGCUUGCUUUGGGACAUAGAAGCAACGAGGUGGAGACAGAUAAAAAUGUAAUUUAACGGAUGAACAGUGAUGAAUGGAGCUGGAGCGGAC